AUGGCAGGCCGUGUUGUCCUCUUCGCCUCGCUCAUCCCGUUCGCUUUCGCAUUCUCCGACACGGUGCCCAUCGUAGCGUGGUCGUCGCACCCGUCGAAAUCCUUGGACGCAUUUCCGUCCACCCACUCCACCCACUCGAUCCCCAUCUUGGAGAGCCUCCUCCUCAACGACGACGUCUGCGAAUAUGACGCAGUAGUCCUCGUCGACCAGCCUGGGCUCCACGCCUCAGACCUGCGCGCCCUCUCGCCGUCCUCCCCUCUCACGACCCUCCUCUCACGCUCCCCCUCCUCCGUUCAACUCCCCUACAUCUCGCGCACCGCCGGCUCCUCCGUCCACGACCUCGCCGACCGCAUCUCGAGCCGCUGCGGCUCCCGCGUGCUCAGCUCCAUGCCAGGCCAGGGCGGCGUCGCCGCAGUGCGUGGGGCCAAGCACGUCGUGUGCCUGUCGAUGAUGGACCUCCAGGGCACCGCCGGCCGACGCAAGGCCGUCGUGGCCGACCACGAGUCCAGCCUCGCUCACGAGCUCGACGCCAUCGCGUCCGCGGCCCCGACGCACCUCGUCGUCUUCGCCGGCUCUUCCGCGCUCGCCCCGCGUGAUCGCCGUCGGGCGGAGCCCGCGCUCGGCGCCCUGCAGCAGCCGGGUGACGUCGUGCCCCCCACGGGCGGCGUCCUCAAACGGUACCAGCUCCUGACGCCCGGCCUCAUCACCUCCCUGCUGGUCGCCUUUUUCAUCCUCCUCCCCGGCGUCUUCUUCGGCGUGUCCGCGCUCGCGAGCAUCCAGUCGCCUCUCCGCGUCGAGGCGCCCAAGGGCUUCAGUGCCCAGGACAAGAAGACUCAGUGA